CUCAGUUGCACCAGUCUGAGCCUACAGAGACAUUUAGGUGCCCUGUUGGAAAUAUGCCUCUUGGAUUUGUGGGAUUCAGAUUUUAUUUUGUGAUUUUAGCAGGAAAGCUCUUCCUGCACAGCAGCACAGAGGAGCUUCCACCUGAUCAUCUCCUCCAACCGGAGUCCUCUCUGCUGAAGCCCACAGUGCUGAUCACCAUCCUCGCACGCAACGCACAACACAGCCUCCCUUACUUCUUGGGAUGCAUCGACAGACUGGACUACCCGAAGGACCGCAUUAUCAUCUGGGCAGCCUCUGACCACAGUGUGGACAGUAGCACAGCCGUGCUUCGGGAGUGGCUCAAAGGAGUUCAGCACCUGUACCACUCGGUGGAGUGGAGACCCAUGGAGCAACCAAGCUCUUAUGCAGAUGAGCAGGGUCCCAAACACUGGCCCGACUCUCGGUUCACCCAUGUGAUGAAGUUGAAGCAGGCAGCACUCAGAGCUGCCAGGCGACUUUGGACUGACUACAUAUUGUUUGUGGACAGUGACAACUUGCUGACAAACCGCCAGGUGCUAUCUGACAUGAUAGCAGAGAAUCUGACAAUUGUGGCACCCAUGUUGGAAUCAAAAGGCCUUUAUUCAAACUUCUGGUGUGGUGUGACUCCUGAGGGCUACUACAGACGAACCCCAGAGUAUAUUCCCAUCCGUAAAUGGAAGCGGCAGGGCUGCUUUGCAGUCCCCAUGGUGCACUCCACCUACCUGCUGGACCUGAGGCGCAGAGCAAGCCGAGCGUUGGCCUUCCACCCUCCUCACCCCGACUACCCUUACCAUUUAGACGACAUCAUGGCCUUCGCUUUCUCUGCACGGCAAGCAGGAGUUCAGAUGUAUGUGUGCAACAAGGACCAUUAUGGAUAUUUACCAGUGCCACUUAAACAAGACCAGACACUGGAAGAGGAAGAGGAGAGUUUUACCCACACACUGACAGAGGCACUCAUUGCGUACACCAUGGAGCCUUCACAGUAUACACACGCUAUGCCUAAAGAACCAGGAAAGAUGGGAUUUGAUGAGAUCUUUCUGAUUAAUCUGAAGCGCCGCUCAGACCGGCGGGACAGGAUGUUGAGUACUUUAGCUGUCCUCGGCAUCAACAUUACACUGACAGAAGCCGUGGAUGGCAAAGCCUUGAACUCCUCUCGGCUAAAGGCAAUGGGUAUAGACAUGCUGCCUGAGUACAAAGACCCAUAUUCAGACCGCGUGCUGACCAGAGGGGAGAUUGGCUGCUUCCUCAGCCACUACAACAUCUGGAAACAGGUGUUGCAGCAGGAACUACAGCAGGUGCUUGUGCUGGAGGAUGAUGUGAGAUUUGAGCCCAGAUUUUGCUGCAGGCUGGUGGCCGUCAUGGAAAAUUUACAGAGAGUGGGACUUGAAUGGGACCUCAUUUAUGUAGGCCGUAAGCGGCUGCAGGUGAAGGAGCCAGAGUUCUGGGUGAAGGGAGUCAGUAACCUUGUGCACCCAGGCUACUCCUACUGGACCUUGGGUUACGUCCUGUCACUGAAUGGGGCCAAGAAGCUCCUGCAGGCAAAACCUCUGAACAAAAUGCUGCCUGUUGACGAGUUCCUACCUAUCAUGUUCAACAAGCAUCCCAAAGACGAGUACAUGCAGUAUUUUGAGCAGAGGGACCUGAGAGCAUUUUCAGUGGAGCCUCUGUUGCUCUUCCCCACACACUACACCGGCGAGCCCGGCUACGUCAGCGACACGGAGACCUCUACCAUCUGGGACGACGAGGCCGUGGAGACAGACUGGGACAGAGAUGGAGCCAAACACCGGCGUGAGCAGGAAACUGAGGAUGUAGGGUUUCAACCUGUGGCUCCUCAGUCUGCUCGCGGUGACGUGCCUCCCCUCUCUGCCAGUGGAAACAGAGGUGAACUCUGAGGGGGACCUACUGGGGGGGUCAUAAAUCAGCAUCUGGCCCCCUAUAAAUUUCUAUUCCUCCCCCUCUCUGUGCAAUGUGUACAGUUUGUGUGUUAAUUUGAUUAAACUCAUGCAACAUGUAAGCAUAAAACUGGAACAAUGAAGGUAUAAAAUCUACAUUUUAACACCCUCUUAAGACCCACCUCAAAGCCUUAAUCAUCUCAGUUGAUGUUGGGCAGAACCAGCAUCUAAUAGAGACUGGCCCAAGAUGGAGACUUGGAUUAAAUAAUACAGCCCUGCCACUCAUUUUAACACCCCAGUUAAAGUUCAACAACAGCCUGAGGUGCAUUACUGGGUCAAGAUGUCACUUCUGUGUUUUUCAACAAUGGCGUCAUCAUGUUAUUUAAAGCCAUUUGUUUUGGAUUAUGACCAACAAUUGAGAUUCACCUACGCCACUUUGUACUUUACAAUUAAACUAGUUUCUCUUGGUAUCGUAUUAAGGCUGACACUUCUUUAAUUUUGCCUGUAUGUGCUUAUAGUACAACCUCAUUUAGCAGAAGAAAACACACACAAAAAGAUGAACGCAGCAAUCAACUUAAGGAUUUUUAUUUUUUAAAAAGCACUGGUAUUCUCAUGUCAAGCAAACGAUGGAACCAUUUAAUAUUAGUACUGUUCAAUAUCACAAAAUGAGUUAUGAAAAGAAUAAUUAAACCACACAAAUGAUACAUUUUGGGAAUAAAUUAAUCAGCAUAACAAAAGAAAUAAAACAUGCUUGUACUUAGGUGUUGAACAGGAAAUAUUAAAACUCCAAUGCUCAAAGUUUAAGACACCUGAGAAUAUAAAUAUCAAAACAGCUUGUUGCAGCAAUUAUUUAGUUCCACAGUUCCUCCUAUUUACCAUAACUAAAGCUUUGAUAAGAGGAUUUAUUAAAAAUUACAGAAAUGUAAAAAUUAGGCAUCAAUUUAAAAAACAUCCGUUUCUGUACAAUGUGCAUAUUUGAAUUAGUGUGGUGACAAGAGAAAUUAGCACAUUAUUUUUUUCUCCGCAAGGCGGCGGAGCAAAAAUUAAAUCCAGAGUGGAUAAUGCUUGUCUGUCAUCAAGCCACAUUCAGUGAUAUGAACAAAUAGAUUUGGACUGAGCUCUUUCAAUUGAAAUCUGCAGUAAAUUAACAGUCUACAGGUAUUUUUUUUUUACAUUUUAACCCCCCCUUUUAAGCCUCUGCCCGAGCCAGCAGUGAGUCUCUCCCUCGGUGACUAAAACUCCUGCUGGGCUUUAAUGACAGGGGCUGCAGGAUUUAUCCAGUAGAUUCAUUUGCUACUGUCUAUUAACAACAGAAGUUCAUUGAGGCAGGGAAAAGGAAAUUCUGCUGCUACACAGGUAGUAGUGAUGUUGCAUAUAAAGACCAGGACAAGGGUACACAACAGACCAUCGAGCUGAUAAAAACACAUUUCAUUCAUUGAAAUCCAAGGCUGUGUGGCUUUAUAGGAAUUUCAGAAACACAGUUUGGAUGGAUUUUGUACAGACACUGCAAAUAAAAUCAUUGAGGUAUGUUCUUAUUGUGAUAUUAUAGCUUUGAGACCCGGACAGAGUCUGUGUGAAAAGACAUUCCCAUUUGUGAGAGGAGAUGGGAGGGAACGUGUCCAUUUGAAGAUGUAAAAAACAAGUAUAUUGUGUGUGUUCCUUUGUUAAACAGUCCAUGCGUUCAAGGUUACUGCCAGCAGCAACCAAAAACUGUCAACAGAUUGAACCUCUGAAGAAGAAAUGUGUACAAAAUUUCUAAGCAUUGCAUUCGUUUAAACGAGUUAAGCUCCCAUUCAAAUGAGAGCAACAGUGAAAUGGUAUACUAUGUAUAUGGUUUGACAGAUGAAUGAGGAAGACAUCUGCAGUCAACUUAGUGUGGAGGAGACAAAGUCAACACAUCUGGAAACACAAAUGAAGCAUGUUCCAUUAAAGAAAAUAAAAAACACUAAUUCCACAACAAGAAAAGGCCUGGAUGACUAAGCAAACACUAAAAAUAAUUAAAAUAAUAACUACCCAGUUCUUUUAUCACGCGUUCUAAAGCACUUUGACAAAAAGGCAGUUUUACAAACCAUUGGUUAUCAACACACUAGCAAAGUUCCACAGUGCUUGCUUGUCGAAGCAUAAUAACAGUGCAAGCCAUUACACUAUUCAGCCAAAUACACCUGUAAGAAAAAAGUGCCAUAUUGCAUAAUGAGGAUGUGUAAUGAGCCCACAAGAGGGCAUAUAAACCUAUACAAUGAUCCAACUGUAAACAUGGUGCAAAGUAGUUAUGACAGUUUAAGGCUUUCAGAUUUUCCUGAAGAAGUGUUGUUCUCUGAGAUAAAGGAAUAUGUCCAUGAGCUGGACAAACAGUGUGGAAACAGAAAAAAAAGAUUCAACCUUUCUAUAAAUCAGACCUGGACACUGCACGCACUCGAAUAGAUUUUAAAUAUCAUUUAAAAAACAAAAAAUAAAAAAAUUCAGUGAUUAUUCCUUCUUAUUGAACUUUCUGGCAUAUAGUAAUGUUUAGGUGCCAGUUUUCUCAAAUGUACUUUACAGGUUCUUAACAAAUCCUCUUUUUUGAUUUGUUUUUCCAACAUAGUAACAUUUGUUGCCUUGUCAAACACAGGUGUAACUAACAACAUUAUCAAUGGCCGCCCCCACGGUAUUGUGCAUGCUGGUUCAAUGACACACCUACAUAGAAUAGAGCCAUCAUUAACUUUAUUAGUUGCACCUGUGCUUUUGCUGCUUUGACAAGUCAAAAUGUCCUCCUCAAUAAAGGUCUUCUGGUAUUAGCCCCCCCCAAUAUUUUGAUAUACAUACACACUUUUCCCAGGUCUGUCGCUAACAAAAAUGUAAAUACAAAACACAUACACACGACACUCACAGGCAAUGCCAUCCUAUCAAGUGUAUGUUACCCCUAAUAUAAGGACUACAAUUCAUCACAUGUAUUAAUUCUGCUGCUAGUAGCAUUACCAGUUUUCUACAUUAAAAGCUUAAAGCUUAUAUACAUUUGCAUCAGUAUUAGACAUAACACUACUGUGUAUUAUGUGUCAGCAUUUCAUGGAUGAUAACUGACAGACUUAAAGAUGGCUGCAAACAGCUCCUCUACAGUGAAGUGUGAUCCAUUUUCUGGCAAAAUUAACAUUUGAGCUAUAAUUAAAUUGGUUAUACAAGAAAAAAAUAGACAAAAUCGCUUCAAUGAUGGUUACUAAUGGAAUAAAAAUGAAGGAAUGUGUAACCACUAAAACUUUUAUAUGGAAUCAGAAAAGCUAAAAAAACAAAACAAAACUAAAAGACUUCUAGUCACUGCCUCACUACCUAACAUCACAAUAUUGUGCUACUGAUGGUAAAGAAAUGGUACUAAAGAGCACAACAACAAUCUACAAAUUAACCACAAGAAAACAGAAGUAGUUUUGGCUGAUGAUGAAUGUGCAGAUUAUUACAGAUGUGAAAAAUCCCUGCAAUUUGUGAAAGUGUUUCAGUUUGAGAAAAUUGUUAUUUUUUUUUUUUUAGGGCUGGGUUUAUUUCAUUGAUUAAAAUCUGCUUAAUGAUUCCCAUUCUAAUCGAAUCCUGAGUGAGAAAAAAACCCCAAAGUAUGUUGAAAGCAAAAACCACAUUUAUUUUCAUAUGGUUUAGGCUGCCAUAAACAUGUAAUAAAAUUAACAACGUAUUUUGUCAUUUGUUUUUGGUCAAAAAAAUAAAGACAAAUAUAAAUAUUAUCUGUUGUGCCAUGCGAAAGUUGAAUAGUUUGACCUUAGUUUUUACUUUCUGCAGCAUUAAAACCUAUUAAUAUUGUAGUAUUAGGCAACGUUGCAAAUCAAUGAGCAGGAUAGCUUUCUGGAAUAAUUGUUUUUUUUUUUUUUUUUA